GCUUGCCUGCCUAGCACAAUGUGUUUGAAGGCAAGCCAGCUCAAAGGUCCCAACAUUUAGCACUGCAAGAGCCGGAGAGUACUUCUGAAAGAAUGGAGAACUACACAUGGCCUUCUUUCCCAUACCACAAUCAUUGCUGCUUGAUACCUGUGCAAGGCAAGCCAAUCUGCAGACACUUCAUAACUCAUCCGAGUUUAAUCUGCAUUGGUACCAUUUUAGCACAUCCUGCCUGCGCUGUUAAACCCCUCAACCCAACAAGGUGCUUAUAUCUCAGAUCCUGUCCUCAUUCUUAUGAUGCAACUUGUGAGAAAAUAAAGAAUUUGAACGAAUCCUUGGAUACUACUGACAUUCCUGUUCUGGCAAGAAGGGAAAGUGAUGGUUAUUAUUACCGUGGAUCAGUAAUAAAGGCUGUAGAGGGUGAGAAAAACAUAUUCCUAGUGCAGUUCACUGAGCCGUCUGCGGUGGGUGAGGAAGACACAAUCAAUGUGCAAAGGACACCCAGUAGUGACGUCCUUGAAUAUGUGACUGGGAUGAAACAUGCCAUCUUGCCAAGUGACAAAGUGUUGGCCCCUUGGGAACCAGGGCGGAAGAGAUACGGGCCUGGCACUGUCCUCCAAGGCCUUGAGACCAGGGAUCCCCUGAGAGAGAAAGAAGAUGAAGAAAUUACAGUCAGCUUUUGGAAUGGCAAGAAAGCCAAAGUCCCACUUGGUGUCGCCAUGUGGAUUUCACCACUCCAGUGGGAAAGGAUUGUAGAGAUGAUCCAUUUACCCUACACGAGCAGGAAGAAGUUCGAAGGGCAAUUCAACAGGGCUUGUUACAUCAGUCCACACCCUAUGCUGCCCCCUACACACAGACAUGCUUUUAGUGACUUCCAAAGGUUCCGGUGGCCAUGCUGUCCUUUUGUCUGUCCCUCUUUCACAUGCUUUGGCCACACAUGCUCGUCACUUGGAUGUUCACAGCAUGCUUCCUGCUGCAGCUUGAAAUGCAGUGGCUGCUGGUGCCAGCCUUCUCUAGCUGAACUAGCCCAGGGAGAUGUGAAAGAAGAGUCUGGCUGUAAGCCCACCACCCAGUUGCUAGCAGUGGAAGGCCCUCCAAAAGCAGAACCCGCUGUUGCCCUGUCUGGCUCUUCCUCAUCCUCCCGGGAUUCCCCAAGGGACAAGGGAACGUGCGUUAUCAAGAACACAAUGGUAGAUCAUGCCGUGAACACAGAUUACAGCCUUUUUGACAAGCCCAAGCAGCAAGAGGUCAAAAGACCUGACUGGAAGUAUUGGAAGAGAAGCCAUCCCAGCUCCCCUUUCAAGAGCCAAGGUAGACAACACUUCCCCUGAUUGAUCUUGAACAGAAGCCUCAAUCAGGGCUUUUAAAAGUUACUUCUUUGAACCACAACUCUGAGUAUCCUCUAAACAGCCCAGGCGUUGCUGGCAGGGGAUUCUGGGAAUUGCAAGUUAAAAACUCCCAGAUUUCCAUGCAUGGGCUAGAAGGCCAACUGCCACUUUAACUCUGUCUCUGUUAAGAAGUCAUGCUUUAUAUAGUCAUUCUCAACCUUUUUUGGGAGGGCAUGGCCAUAAUAAAUACAAUACGAAAGAAAUAC